GGAGUCGGCGGCCGCGCCGUGCGGGAGGAAAGCGAGCGGCCGGCGGGGCAGGGGAGGCGGCUCCCUCGGGCCGGCCGGGAGCAGAAAAUGCUCUGCAAGUGAGCUGGAUGGUGCCUGCCUCCCCCUGAAAAACUCUGCCUCCACCCAAAGAGCCAUUUGUCACCAAGAGGGAACCUCUCCAGCGGCCCGACUCGGCGAGUGAUGGGCUCGGAGAACAGUGCUUUAAAGAGCUACACGCUGGAAGAGCCGCCAUUCACGCUGCCAACCGGACACACCAUUUAUCCAGCUGUGCUGCAGGAUGGCAGACUCGCUUCUGUCUUCGUGUACAAGCAGGAGAACGAGGACAUGGUUAACAAGGCUGCCAAGCACCUGAAAACCUUGCGCCACCCAUGCCUUCUGCGCUUCCUCUCUUGCACUGUGGAAGCUAAUGGGAUCCACCUGGUUACUGAACGUGUGAAGCCUUUGGAGACAGUCCUGGAGACACUUUCUUCUGCAGAGAUCUGCGCAGGGAUCUACGACGUGCUGCUGGCACUCACUUUCCUCCAUGACAGGGGAAACCUAACUCAUAACAACGUCUGUUUAUCGUCUGUGUUUGUAAGCGAGGACGGGCACUGGAAACUGGGAGGAAUGGAAACAGUCUGUAACUUUAGUGAAGCCACCCCGGAGUUCCUCUGUCAUGUCAAAUCAGUGCGAGACCAGUCGUGCAUCCCAUGUGAGGAGAUGUCUGUAGAUUUCAAAAUUCUGCCCAGCAGCUGUGGGCAUGCAAGGGAUGCCUACGCCUUUGGAGCCAUGGUUGAAAAUCUCCUGACAGCUCUAAAUGAUCAGGUUUCAGCAGAUAUUCUCUCCAGCUUUCAGCAAACCCUGCACUGUACGCUGCUGAAUCCAGAUCCAAAGUGUCGUCCACCGCUGUCCAGCUUACUGUCUCACGAAUUCUUCAGGAAUGAUUUUCUGGAAGUUGUGAACUUUCUGAAGACCUUAACACUAAAAUCUGAGGAGGAGAAAACUGAAUUUUUCAAGUUCCUGCUGGACAGGGUGGCUGGCUUGUCAGAGGAGCUGAUAGCAUCUCGGCUUGUGCCUCUUCUACUCAACCAGCUUGUGUUUGCAGAACCUGUAGCUGUCAAGAGUUUUCUUCCUCAUCUGCUGGGGCCAAAGAAAGAGCAAACUGGAGAAAGCCAGACCAACUGCCUCCUGUCGCCAGCCUUGUUCCAGACUCACGUGAUUCCUGUGCUGCUGAAGCUCUUUGAGGUUCACGAGGAGCACGUGCGGAUGGUGCUGCUGUCUCACAUCCAUGCCUAUGCAGAACUGUUCUCUCGGGAAGAGUUGAAAAACAUCAUAUUGCCACAGGUAUUGCUGGGCCUUCGAGACACCAGUGACUCCAUUGUGGCAAUAACGCUGCACAGCUUAGCAGUUCUUGUCUCCCUGCUUGGACCUGAAGUGGUUGUAGGUGGUGAAAGAACAAAGAUUUUCAAAAGCUCUGCACCAAGUUUCAUGAAAACUGCUGAUUUCUCCCCAGAAGACUCACCCACUCGUACUGUAAGCAAUCAGAGACAUCAGACCUCUCAGCCUUUGAAGAACAAUUCCAGCGUGCUCCCUAUCUCUGGAAAUGCCAUUGUCAAGAAGCAUUCUGUGCAACAAGACAAUCCACUGGCUUUAAAUACAGGUGAGCAAGCCACUCAGCUCCCCCUGAAUGGAGUUCUUGGGAGCAGCAGGAGCUCUUUGACUACCUCCGAAAAGCCAGCAGAGGAGUGGCCAGACUGGAGUGAGCCAGAGGAGACAGAGAAUGAGAAAACUGUGAACAUCCAAAUUCAGCCCCAAAAGCCACAGGGCAGCAUGGGACCUUAUUUUGUUGAACGUGAUGUAGAUGAGAAGCCUUGGGAUGACUUUGAGCCCAGCAGCCCUCAUACUGACCUGACCUCAGGAAACUGCCUCACUGUGACACAAGCUGAUGCAGCUGAAAUGCAGAGGACUCUACCGGGUACCCAUCAACAGAGCAAGGAAUUGGAAAGCCUCAAAGUGAGUCCCUCAACAAAGUCCUCCCCUGGGAACAGCUGGAACAAUGACAAAUGGGACCACCGAGGACAACUAGGAAAAACUGUGCUGCCCAAACAGACCUUAGAGGAAAGAUUGAAGUCUUCAUUGGAGUCUGGCCUAGGAGAAGAAUUCACCAUCAAAGUGAAGAGGAAACCAGUGCAGGAUCCUGAGCUGGACUGGUUUGCUGACAUGACACCAGACAUUAAACCUUCUUCAGCAGUCUUAAUUUUACCUGAAGCAAGGACAGAAGCAGUUGUUCCCAGUCACUCUGGUGCAGUAUCCAGCAGAGAAGGUGCCUCCCAGAAUGCGCUGUUUUCAUCCAAAUUUGCAGCAGUUGAUGUUAUUGAGGCUGAAGCUGGAGGCUGGGGUGAAGAAGAGGAGUUGAACUGGGAAGAUGAUGCUAACUGGUAAUGGGACUGAAAGAGACAAAGGCGGUUUAUGCUGUGUUGGAAUCUGUAAGAGAAGUCGCUGCUUCUACAAUAUAACAGCUAAGUACCUCAGCACUGCUUUUGUGAAAAGGCAGGCACUUGCUGCUGCAGCCAGCAAAAUCCCAGGGGGCCCACUCCCUUCUAAUGGAUGCUCCUUCCCAGUCUGUGCCAAAAAAAACGCAGGGGAGUGAGGCCUGCGCUGAAGCAAUAGGCCCAGCUGUGGUGUGUGCCACUGCUACUGGAGAGAGGAACAGCAGGAUAGGUGCGUUGGUGCUGAUGGAGGCUGAAUGGUGGCGCAAGCAAAACUCAUCUCUGCUCUGAAAAACUGAUGACAAUAAAUGAAAAUUACUUUGAGUUACCUGUUCGUUGGGCUUGUUAUUUUUGUUGCUUUUCUUUUUUGCUGGAAAGAAAGCCCUUAGAAAUUGAUCCUUGUAACAUUUUAGCUGUAAGAUGAUUUUAAAAUGAAUCUGUACAACAUAUUUAUUUGUGUUUCUAAAGCUCUUUCCGUGGAUUGCAUAAAAGGUGCUAGGAAAUGCACGGUGAAGGACUGUUCAACUCAAAACCAUUUAAGCACCAUAUUCAUUCUGCUCUUAACUGUGAUGAAUAAAGAUUAUUUUUAAAAGAUGA